UUACUGUUUGUCAACCAAUGAUCUGACUGUGCAGACCGGAGAGUCUCUCCACGCCUCUCUCUCUCUCUCUGUCUGUCUGGCUGAACGUUGCAGGCUCUCAAACCGACACUCAAACUCUGAAAACACGAUUACACGCAAAAGCCGAAUGCGUGGCUAUCAUGCAGUCACAUGAAACUUUAAUUCUAGCUGAUAAACACGCGUACCACCUCUCCUCUUCCUCUUCCUUUUUCCUCUGUGUGUAAUCGAAGGGGGAGACUGCGUUCAGAGACGGGGAAAACAGGAAUGUUUCUUCCGGUUCCAAAGAGAGUAAAAACGGAACGGAAGCCGAUGCGGUCUUUGUAGUCUGUCAGCAUACUCUUGUACUCCUACCCUCGCAUCCGCUACUUGUGCCUCAUCGAACCCUGUGCGACUCAGCUCUGCUGCUGGCUUUGGUUUUCCCCCUAACUGCAGGAAAAACCAUUGAGACAAGAGGGGGGCCUCUGUCUCCAGAACUGCAGCUGACCUCUGACUGCAUGUCUCAGAGUUCUGACCGACCCCUCUCCUCUUCCUCCUCCUCCUUCCACUUGUUUUCAAGGACCCACAUUUCCACAUAACCAUAACCUCCAAACCUCCAGCCAGCUGCUAGCUGCUUCACCAAUUGGCAAUUGCAGAAGGAUCGACCAUCGUCCCCUGACCGGCCCCCGAUUGGUGCUCCGUCAGUGGGGGAGGGAGGGGAAGGAAGGCAGCUGAACGCCGUGCCGCUCUCCUCGGAGAUGAAGCUGCAGGCUGUCAUGGAGAAUCUGCACAGGCAGCAGAGGGCCAAGCUGCUGAUGGAGCAGCAGCUACAGCAACAAGCCGCCACCCAACACACUCCGAUCCGCACAGGUGGAGGAGGAGGGGAUGAGCCGAUGGGGAGCCCGGCCCCUGAGGCGGACCAGGCCCAGAUGGCAGCACUGGCAGCCAUGCGUGCGGUGGCAGCCGGGCUGCAGAGGGUGUCAGACAGCCCCAUGUCAGAGCGCAGCAGCGGCGGAGAGGACGACGGUGACGAUGAUGACAAUGAUGAAGGGGAGGAGCAUUACAAGGACAUGAUGGCGUCAGAUGAGGAGGAGCAGAUCAAACAGAAAUGGGACGAGGAAGACUUUGAAGGCGAGAUGGAAGAAGACUUUGACGAUGACUUGGCGGAGGAGGGUCUGCCGACGGGCCAUGAUUCAGUGGCUCCUGGGAAAGGCAUCCUCCUGCUGCCCCACCGUCAGCUCCACCCCCACUCCCAGCUGCUGAAGGCCCGUCCCAGUGUCGACCAGGAGCCCCGCGUAGCCAUCCUGCCUCCCCACGCCACACACAGCCAUCUGGGCGGGCAGGACCAUGGAGACUGGACUUACGAGGAGCAGUUCAGACAGCUGUAUGAACUAGACAGAGACCCAAAGAGGAAAGAGUUUCUGGAUGACCUCUUCAGCUUCAUGCAAAAAAGAGGAACCCCGGUGAAUCGUAUUCCCAUCAUGGCCAAGCAGGUCCUGGAUCUGUACAUGCUAUACAGGCUGGUGACAGAGAAGGGUGGCCUGGUGGAGGUCAUCAACAAGAAGCUGUGGAGGGAGAUCACCAAGGGACUCAACCUGCCUACCUCAAUCACCAGUGCAGCCUUCACCCUCCGUACACAAUACAUGAAGUACCUGUACCCAUAUGAAUGUGAUAAGAGGGGUCUGAGCAACCCCAAUGAGCUCCAGGCAGCCAUCGACAGUAAUCGGCGGGAGGGCCGACGACAAAGCUUUGGCAGUUCCCUCUUCACCUAUUCGCCCAACGGGACGCCUACCAUGCUCUCCUCGCCGAAGCUCCCCACGUCCAGUGUGGGCCUGACGGUGGGCACCAAUGGGGCCUCGCUGACCCCCAUCCAGAAGAUCAAGAAAGAAGAGGAGGGAGGCCAGUCGCUGCCGGGGAUCAGUAUGUCUCGAUUGCCAGCGGGGCCCUUGGCGGGUCACUCGGUGGCUGCUGUGCAGGCAGCAGCAGCUCAGGCAGCAAUGGCGGCUCAGGUGGCGGCUCUGGAGCAGCUGAGGGACAAACUGGAAGCAGGCGAGCCACCAGAGAAGAAGAUGGCGCUGCCGGCCGAGGAACAUCACAGACUGCUGCAGAGAGCGCUGCAACAUAACCUGCUGGCCAUGACCGCUCAGAUACCCAUGAACAUCCGCAUCAAUAACCAAGACAGCAGGCAGGACUCGGCCCUGAACCUCACCACUAACGGCACAAGCAGCAUCAGCAUGUCAGUGGAGCUCAAUGGAGUGGUGUACACUGGCGUUCUUUUUGCUCAGACAGCAGCAGGGUCCGGUGCAUCUGGAUCGUCCGUCUCCAACAAGACAGUCAGCAGUCGUAUCGCUCCACAGCAGCAGCAGAACACACCUACCUCAACCUCAACCUCCAGCAACUCAUUGUCUUAACAAACCCCCAGCCUUUCCCCUUAUUUUUUUAAUUACCACUCUAAGUAAAGCCAAAAAUCAACCUCAUUUUCUACAUAAUCUAAGCCAAAAAGAGAAGAACCAUAAACUGUACAAAAAGACACAAACUGAAACUCAGAUCACUUGAAGUACACUAUCUCAGGUUUUCUUUCACCAACUCACCUCUUUUGUUCUUCAUAGCCAAAAUGAUUUCGGAUAAAUAAUAAGAAACAUCCCAACUGAGAGCCAGUAUAUGCUAAACAAAUAUGUAUGCACAACCUAUGAAUUAUUUAUUUCUGCAUAAAUGUACAGAUUAUCGGAGAACAAAAGAGAAGGUAAUAACUAGGAAGGGUAAUGCACUGUUUACACACACAAACACAGCUACUGAUUGACAGCGAUAUUUUAUCCUCUAGGGGAGAGAUUUUUUUAUUUUAUCUUUUCAUUGUUGUUAUUAUCAUUAUUGUUAUUCUCUUUAUUGUGUUAUAUCAUUUAAAUCUUUAACAAUCCUCUCACUGCAGGAAAAAAAUCUAUAUAUUUAGAAUUCUAUAAAAAAAAAGAAAUUAUGAAUAUCCUCUAUUUUUAAUCAGAAAAGCUUUAAAGGUAUAUGUUGUUUCUUCAGGGCAUAUAACAAUGUACCGUUGUGACCUCAUUUUGUGUAAAACCUUAUAACCUUAUUCACAUGGCAGCCAUUUUGGAUCUCUGUGUAGAAGAGCGAGUGCACGUGCAAGUCUGCGCGCCUGUUGUGUACCCAGAUACACAUCACAUCGAUGCCACAGAUUCUCCAGACAAAUGUAAAACAACUGGAUCUCAAGAAUCUGCAAGGAUAUUGGUUCACUUUUUAAUGCAUGUGGUCCAUUAUUGAUCGCUACCAGAGUCUAGGUAGUAGCUAAAUUAGCUAGAAUGCUACAUAGCUGACGUCCCUGCUGAAUUCAAGCAGCUGUUGUGGUUCUUCUUCCUGAAACAGCUGGCUAUUAUUUUUUAUCUAAAAUCCUCACCUGUUUGUUGACAUAAGGCCAGUUCAGUGUAUAUCUAUGCCAAUCUUGCAGGUAGUUUAGUGUUCAAAAUGGCUGUUUGUAUGAAUAAGGUCAGUUGUGCAGGUGGGAAAAAUGAGCUAAAGCCUUUUUUUCCCCUCGCUGCACCUCAACACGCUGGACUUUCUGAGCCUCAGCGGUGUCCACACCGACUGUUCCUGUUGUGAAUAAUACACGUUUUCGAUUGUUCUCAGGUGUCCGUCUGCUCAUCGCUUUGUACAGUAUCUCGACAGAGCAUUGCUUUUCAACAUCUUUGUGUGCAGAAAUUUUUAUCUUUUUUUUUUUUAAACUUUGCCUUCUAGUGUAGUGGUUGUCUUAAGGUCAGAUGCAUGCCUGUGUUUGUAGAUAAAAUUGAAAAUUCAGGAGUGAAGCAGGAAAACUGUGAUUUCCUGUCUUAAAUUAACAGGAGUCAUGUAUCCACUAAAGCCUUGUCAUUGUGGAGACACUCACGUGGACAAUCAGGUGUCAGGAGGUGCUAUCUGAGCUUCAGAAGAAACAUAACCGUUAUUUCAGCUCAUAUCUGAUGUUUUGUUGUUUUGUUUUUUGUAUUAUAGAUUACAGAUGCUUUUAUUUUUUGUUUACGCUUUUCUGUUUUGCAUGACUUGGUGCUUCUUCUGAUCCAAGUGCUUCUUAUCCUGUGCUGUGACAAGGACAGGGUCAGACUAGCUUGCCACUUGUCAAGGAUAUAACAGAGAAUAUCUUGUGAUCCUCUGACAGGUUUUAGAUGUUGCUUAAUGUGAGCUCAGAGGUAAUCAUAGCUGCGGCUGAGCGCUCGCUUGUGUCUUAGUGUUUGUACACUAACACUCACUGCCGUUAGAUUUAUAAAAAGUUAAAUCACCCUCAGUGGAGAAACCAUAUCAAUCAUAAGUAGCUGUGUCUCUGCAUUUUGAAGUAGAUCAAUCAUUCAGCUUUUUGAACUUUAACCUGUGUUACCUCGCUGGACUGUUUGCUGUUAAAGAUUGUUACUCAACCCCCCGACCCCACCCCUACGCAAAGCAGCCUCAUUCCUACUGACGUUAGGAAGUAAAUCAGGCUUUGUAUGUGGGUUCUGUUCUGAGGCCUUAACACAGCAUGAGAUGACUGGAGAGCGAGCAGUACCUCCGUCUAAUCAGUUUUUACUGUUCCAGUCAAAUAUCACCAGAUGGUUGUCGUGGCUUUGAUUCUGGACUUGCUUCUCUGUUGGAAAUCACCACCAGCUGCUACACAAACACUGGUCAGUUUUGAAAAGUACUCUUUAUAGUCAGCCAACAACUCUCAUUCAAGAACACAUACAAUCAUUAAAUACUGUACUUAAAGUUUAGUAAAAUAGUGAGAGUACCUCUUGACACAAAGGAGUGAACUGUCCAACCUCACUUGUUUUAUUACUUCCUAGAAAAGAAAAGUGGAGCCUUUAGCUGGAUUUUUAAAAAAGUUUGUCAGAGGCAGAGACAGGAUCUCAUUGGUUGAGUUGCGUUUCAGAAAACCACAGUUUUUCCACAGUGACAAAACAGGAACUCUGUCAUUAUCAGAACCAGCCUGCGCCACCUAUAGGCAAGAAAAGUAAGAGAAGGGGCAGUUUUGACUUUCAGAUGUAGAUAUUUUGAUGUCACCACCUACAGGCAGUGGGUGCUACUGCUACAGUUUUAUGUGUGUUUAAGGUUUUACAUUUUCCACUCGUACCACCUGUCAGCUAAAAUAGCUAUUGUUAUUACCGGCAAAGUGAAGUUCAUUAAAGUAAGUAAUAAUAAACACAAUCAGGUGCGAAAGUCAGUAUAAGAGAUGUGUGAAUGCAAUGGCUGAUAUGAGGCACAUGUUAAAACAAAAAAGGACAACGCGGAAAAGCGAACAGAGCUUGGUUGGAGGUGACUGGCGUCUGGGCAGGUGGACAUAAAUAACUGAGGAACACUGACCAGAUGUUCCCAGUUACUGCAAUGCCACCUCAGCUGCACCCAGCCAAGGACUUGCAACACACACAAACACACACACACUACACAGGACCGUCACACUAUUAAUAAAUAAUAAUGGAGAAUCAUUGUGUCAUACUAACCUUCAGUGGUUAUUAAAUACUCAAACAGAAACAUAACUCAGCUUUUUUUCAUUAAUCCUUGAGCUUUGUCAGGCACUUGACUCUCAGACAAGUGAGCUUAAAUGUUAAUUAUUUGGAGAAAGAGUCAUUAUUUUACAGAUCAUGUGAUACAAUCGAAGGCUCCAGAACAGAUACUCAGUGGGCCUUGUGGUGAGAUCAGUUUUGAGUCUCAACAGAUCUGUUAGUUAUUUCAAUAGCUCCCAAGUUUAUAGUUCAAACGCCAAAUACAGAACUUGUAACAAAUCUUGUUUGGCCAGUUUAAAAUAAUAAAUGUCAAACCUCAAACACUUUAACUUGCUUUGCAUCAGUGUCACUGCGUGUGUUCAUGUUCAUAGGUUUUAGGUGAGGGUUCAUGAAGUCUGCAGGUUAGCGAGAUUAAAGCUAGUUUGAACUUGAUGUUAUCUAGACUACACGGUUUUCUGUUUAUUUAUUCUCUUUGCCAUACCUGCAUUUUCUCACAGGGUAUCAGUCUAAUGCUGAUCACAAACGGCAACACUUUGGUGUCGACCACCGAGGUUUAACUCAACCAAUGAAAUUGUUUGUCUGAGACUCAUCUGCAGAACUGAAAGUCCAGUCCAGAGAUUACAGCUUUCUGUCAGCAGCCUUUCAGAGGUGGGCGAUAAUACAAAAACAUGUUUAAACCAAAUGUGAAUGGCAUUUAUGCAGUUUUGAUGCAGUCUGAUUGAUCGGGCUCUCAGUGAGGAAGGAGGAAGGCAGUGUUUCUACAGUGAGAAAUGUGGGUAACGUGAAAGACACACUGCCUUCUGGCUGCUUCCUCACUGUGGACAUGUGAGUCGUGUUGAGAGUCAUGUACAGAUGCACACUAACGCUGAACUAGUUUCUUUGCAUUUGAUAGACACGUUUUAUCCAAAGCAUUAAGCAAUAUGGCUACAAUCUGGGUCUUAUUGUUAUAGUUUUGGCAACAACAUUUUUUAAACCACUAAAAAAACCUGCUUCAUUUAUCAAUCUGUUUGACUAGCCAGGUUACGUUACAGUUGUAGUGAAUUAUUAUGUUGUGAACUCACUUUGGUUUAUAUCGGUUGGCUUUUAUUAGUUGGGUUAAAAUUAGAUUUGUUCUGUAAACCAAGUGAGGCAUGGAUUGGCUUAGCAUGGUUCAACUUUUUUCUGGAAAGCGCUCAACAGUAACUGCAGAAACAGUGAAACACAGAAAAAAGGGUUUGAAGGCCAAACUGUGUAACAGAUAUAUAUGCUGUAAAACCUUUAAAUUUAUGGCUUUUAUGCUGAUUAUUAAUCAUUACAUGAAACAUAGAAAAUACAGUAUCUACAAAUAAAAUGUUUUUUCUUCAGCUAUCUUGUACAUUUUAACUAAUUAGCUAGUUAAAUGAAUUCAUCUUUAAUUAAAUACAUUUUGAACAUGUGAUUUAAAUGUAGCUUAGCCACAUGAAAUCACGUGACUUUCACUACAGUUAGAGGCUACAGUGACGGCAGUUACUGCUGCUCUGCUAGCUAGGCUAGUUAGCAUUUAGCAGGACUAGUUUAUCUGGUGUUUCUUUUUUCUCUCCCAUUGUGACUUAAGAUUUAGUUGUUGUCUUAUUUAUAUGGUAUAACAUGCUCAGUUACGAAGAUUUUGGUGCAUCAAAAUAGAUUUUUCAAUUCCAGGAAACGGGAAAAAGUGAGUAAAUUAGCUGCUAUUGCAUCAGCUAGCCUUAACUAGCCGGACUGCAGUCAACGCAGUUUGGUUUUUACAUCUGUUUUAUAGUUCUUAUGAAUUUUCCGUACUUCUGUGUUUUUACCACAAAAUGUACAUUUGAUGGUAUAAUAAUUUCUAUGGCAAGGAAAGAUGUCAAAAAGUCAGAUUCUGGUCUUAACUCAGUAUGUAGUUACUGCGUUUUGCCUUAGUAGGGCAGCAUAGUCUCUACAGUAAUGGUGGUGUAUACAUGCUAUGCUAACCUAUAAAUAUAUAACUUGGCCAUAACUAUGACAAAAAGACCCAGGGUGGAAUAAAUGAAGAAAGUAAUUCAUUUUAAACUCAUUUACAUUUUAAGGUUGUCUUUCACCUGGAUUCCUCCGUGUAAGCAGAUGCUACUGUAAAUUCCACAUAUUACGAUGGAAAAGGAUGUUUUUGCAGUUUGGUGACACGCUGAAAGCCCAGAAUUUCCCUCCACGCCUCUCGCUCUCUCUGCAUGAGUAGCAGAUGUCACAGUUGCUGGUAAUGGCUGACAAUCAAAUAGAGACAUGCUGUGGCUGAAAGCAUUGGUUUGAGGGGGGAGGACUGCUGGAGAUAGCAAAAUUCAAUCAAUACUGAUCUAAAGGAUCAACAUUGCUUUUUUUUUUUUUGAUUUGACCCUGUGACCUUUUGGCCCCUGAGGCAACAUUCAAGCACCUGCCCCCUUCAAUGGAUCCAUGUUUAUCGUAUAUCUAUCGACCGGCUCUGUGAGAUAUUUGCAUUUGAACAGUGGAGGUACUGCAGCUCGCUCGCUCUCUAUCUCUCUUUCUUCAAGGAAGGUUGGCAUCUUUUUAAUUGCGUGAUAGCGACAAUCAGGCGACAUUAUGACAACACUGUAUACCUCCAAACACUCUGACAUCCCUUCAACCACAAUCAAGCCCUGUUUCUACCUCAAGAACUAAAGCUGGCAGAUUUCUUUGCUUCAGCCACAACAGAGAAGCCUGUCAAAGGCUGCGUUCAUGCAGGCAAACCUGAUCAAAAUGUUGUUGAUGCUAGUUCAUAAGACUUCACUCUGACUUAUGAAAGAGAUUGUAAUGACCACAGGUAAUCAGCCAUCAGCUUAAACUCUGACUCUCACCUUUAAUCGAUUUCAGUUGUGCAAGGGGAACCAGAGAUGUCAGUUUAGCUGAGGAUUCAGUCCAAGCUUCAAACUCUUUACUAAGAGCUCCCCUCAGUGGAAGGUUUUGUUAUGACACACAACCAGUUCAGAUUUCCUAAAUGGAAACACAAAAGGGUGUGUAUGACCAUUUACAGCAAAGAAUGUUCAGUGUUCAUAUUUUCAUUUCCUUCCAGUGUUUCCAUAGUUUUAUCUUUGUUGAGGUGACAAAGCCUCUGAAUACAUUUAGAGGAGUAAAAUGCUCCACUGAAACCAGACUCAAACUUAGUCAGUAGCUCAUAAAGGCAUUCACCUAAAGAAUGUACUUACUUAUUAAAAACACAGUAAACAAUCAAUAAUCAAACAUCCUGUCUUGCCUGUUUCUCUGUAGCUGUGGUCGGGCAGGUUCCUCCAUAUCAGAGGUAGCUCAUAUCUGAUAUUUUAAGAAACAUUGGAACAGUGUAGCUGUGAAAACUGUAUCAGUCUUAACACUUAAGGUUGUUCUGAGUUUUGAAAAGAGUUUCUAGCAGAUUUUGGUUCAGACUGAUAGUUUUUCUGAAUGCUGCCAGCUGCGUAUAUGUGUCUGUGGGUCUGCAGCCGCUUUCACUCGUAGAGCGUAGUGGUUUUAGAUUAGACGAUGCUCGCACAAGACUUUGCGUCUGCAGGCUUUAUUUGUUUGUCAAAGUUACAUUAUUGUUGUGUGCAGUCAAAAGCUUGGAUUGAUUUCAAAAGUGUGCUUGUUUGGUGCAUUCAUGUGCUGUUGUACAGAUCGGAACAAUGACUUAGCUGGACUAAUUUUCAUCAUAUUUUUAAUGCAAAACAAAAUUGUGUGUGUCUCAGAGUUUGAUUUCCCGACAAUAUUGGUAUUAAAUGUGGUGCUUUUUGGGGGCUGACUUCCAAAUCUAGCAAGUCGCAGCUUCCAAUCAGCACAAACCCUCCGAGUCCCUUGUGGUUGGCUUGCUCGCUCUAUGUCAAAAUGUCAUAAUGUAAGAAAUUCACAACUUUCAAGUGUUUUACCUUUUUAAAUAUUGCUGCUUUUACUCCCACCAGAGCUGUAGCUUAAGAACCUCACUAGGCCAGAGUGUCUUACAUGGAGAAUUGACUCUGACUCCUGUUCCCACAUGUUGCCAACAUGAAAAUUCUGCUGCAACAUUUACAGCUUAAGGCGCAUGUGGGUUCGGGGAUUUUGACUGGACUUCACCACUGACUUUACCUCCAUCAGGAGGACUAUGGACAAGGAAAAUGAUGAGAAAUAACAAGAUGCCUUCUGCUGUGACAAUUGUAUGAAUUAACCUGUAUUACUAAGAUUCAUUAAAUAGAAUAUUUCUGAAAUGUGGCUUUUUAGGGCUGUAAACUAUAUCAUGUUUAUAUUAUUUGUUUUAUUUUUUUUGCUUUUCUUUGCUUUUAUAGUGAUUAUUAAUAUAGUGAUGAUGAUGAUGAUAAUAAUGUGAUUUAUUUUAGGGAAGCAUGUGAUGUGUGUGGGGGCUUCACGUGUCUUCAAGUUAACUUCAGAACUGAAACAAGGCUCCUGUCUUUUACAACUUCUCAGGAAAAUCUACCUCUACCUCCAGUUUGAUGCAUUUAACCCGGCGAGGGCUCAAGUUAAAGUUUAGUGGGUACACAAAGAGGGCGUGAGGGCGGACACCAGGGUCCGAAAUGAACUUCAACAUACCAGUGCAGUACUUAAGAUAUAGUUAUAGCCUCAUGACACACGUGAGAUUUUAUUGAAAACAAGUUCUGUGGUGUAUUUAUAUCAUUAUCUUGACAGGAAAAAAAUAAAUAUAUAUAUUUGUCACCCUGCUGAACUGAGAGGUUCAUUUUGGACACUGGGGUGGCUUUCUCUGUCUCUGUGUUACAGGCUCGUAACACUUCUGCUGUUUAGUUUAUUUGAGCAUCAACAACAGGGAACCUCCAGCUCAACAGCUAACUACUACUAGUACUACAACAAGUACUGCUUCUAGUACCACUGUUAGUACUGCGAGUCAUUUUUUUCAGUCUGUUCUAUUCAUGUUUGCUUAUUCCUCAUUUUUCUAUAAAUGAUUAAAUUUUUUGAUGAAUGGGAUGUUUCCCGAUAACCACGGUAACAGUGAAGAGGCGGCGGGCAAUACAACAGUUUUUUUGUUUUGUUUUUUCUGUUUUUGAAGGGUGGAGAGCUAUUCUUGCCUAUUUACUCAAUAUGUGUUUGUGUGAAUACUUUUAUUUUGAAUCAGAAAUUAAUAAAAUAUCACCUUUCUUAAAUGACA